AUGACGACGUUUACUAAACUCGGCGACGAGGAGACCGCGGUCAUCGCCGUCCAUCCGACCCGCCGCAUCUCCAAGAUCAACCCGAACAUCUAUGCGGGCUUUACCGAGCACAUGGGCCGAUGCAUCUACGGUGGCAUCUAUGAUCCCGGCAACCCGCUGUCGGACGAGAACGGCUUCCGGAAGGAUGUCCUCGCCGCGCUAAAAGACCUCAACAUCCCGGUCGUGCGGUAUCCCGGCGGCAACUUCUGCGCGACCUACCACUGGCUGGACGGGGUCGGGCCCAAGGAUCAGCGGCCGUCGCGCCCCGAACUGGCCUGGCUGGGCACCGAAACGAACCAGUUUGGAACCGACGAGUUCAUGAAGUGGUGUGAUGUGCUUGGCACCGAGCCGUACUUGUGCUUCAAUUUUGGCACAGGUACUCUGGACGAAGCCCUUGCCUGGGUGGAGUAUUGCAAUGGCACCGGCAACACAUACUAUGCCAAUCUUCGGCGCAAGAAUGGCCGCGAAGAACCAUAUCACGUCAAAUACUGGGCCCUCGGCAACGAGACAUGGGGCCCGUGGCAGGUCGAGCAGAUGACCAAGGAAGCAUACGCCCACAAGGCAUUGCAGUGGGCCAAAGCACUGAAACUCCUCGACCCCAGCCUCAUCCUCAUCCUCUGCGGCCAAGACGGCACCGCAACCUGGGACUACUACACCCUCUCGCACUGCCUCCUCCCCGCGCACUCGGCGCUCUCCACCAGCGCCGUGCCCCUCAUCGACAUGCACAGCAUCCACCUCUACACCAGCGCCUCCUCGCACCUCCCCAACGCCACCGCCCCGCUCGCCGCGGAGCGUGCCAUCGAAAUCACCUCCUCGCUCAUCGACCUCGCGCGCAUCGAAAACGGCGUGCCGCCCUCGCAGCCCCGACCCACCAUCUGCUUCGACGAGUGGAACGUGUGGGACCCCAUUCGCGCGGAGGGCAGCCACGGCGCGGAGGAGAGCUACACGCUCUCCGAUGCGCUGGCGGUAGCCGUGUGGCUGAACGUGUUUGUACGAAAGAGCCGCGAUCUAGGCAUGGCGUGCAUCGCACAGAGCGUGAAUGUGAUCUCGCCGCUGAUGACGAGCCCGGAGGGUAUUAUCAAGCAGACGACGUGGUGGCCGCUGUAUCUGUUUUCGAAGUUCAUGCGUGGGUGGACCGUUGCGGCGCAUGUUGCGUGUGGGACGUAUGAGGGGGAGACGGCGCCGACUUGGCUGCGGGGCACGGUGCAGACGCCGUGGUUGGAUGUUAGUGCGUCGGUGGGGGAAGAUGGGUGGGCGAACCUGGUGGUGGUGAAUCUUCAUGAGGAGAGGGCCUUUGAGACGAAGGUGGAGGGGGUGAGUGGGCCUGCGGACGUGUUUACUGUGACCGGGGCGAGCGUGGCGGCAACGAAUAUGAAGGGCCAGGAGGAGGUUGCGGUGCAGGAGUCGAAGUGGGAUGCGGCGGGGGCUUAUGUAUUCCCUAAGCACUCCAUUACGCUGAUUCGGUGGAAGGCUGAGUAG